AUGGCUGGCGUCGUGGACGACACGCUCAGCGAGCUGCUGCAGUAUGCGGCCAAGGUGGGCGUCGAGCUGACGGGCAUAGCGCCGCGCCGGCUGCCGGGCCGAGGCUACGGCAUUGUGGCCAUGCGCGACAUUGAGGAAGGAGAGACAGUCCUGGUGGUACCAACGCGGGCUCUACGGACGCUGGCAACGGUUCCCAAGGCGCUGUCACGACGUCUAGACGGCGAAGUGUCGGUGCACGGGAUCCUGGCAGCGCACCUGGCUCUGGACGACCGAACGGCCGGCGGCGAGUUUGCGGCCUGGGAUGCGGUGUUGCCGACGGCGGCUGAUCUGGACGCGAGCAUGCCGCUGUUGUGGCCAGCCGAGCUGCAGGCGAUGUUGCCGUCAGCGGCUCGUGAUGCGCUGUCGAAGCAGCGGGCGAAGCUAUCAAGAGACUGGGAGGGCGUAGCGCGGGCGAAGCUGGAAGAGAUGAUGACAGACGACAGCCCCCAACUCGACCAGGCCAAAGUCGACACCCCCCAACCCAACCGCCCCAAACUUGACCGCACAGCCUAUGUGCACGCCUGGCUGCUCGUCAACUCGCGCACGUUCUACUACGCGACGCCGCGGACGACCAGCACGCGGCCGCAGCGAGACGACCACAUGGCGAUGCAGCCGGUGGCGGACCUUUUCAACCACACGGCCGACGGCGGCUGCCGCGUCGCCUUUGGCCCGGCCGGCUUCACCUUUGUGGCGGACCGUCGCUAUGAUGCCGGCGUCGAGGUGCCCAUCAGCUAUGGCGCCCACGCCGACGACGCCCUCCUGGUCGAGUACGGCUUCGUGCUGGCGCCGGCCGCGGCCAACCGCUGGGACGAGGUGUGCGUGGACGACGCCGUGCUGCCGCGGCUGGCCGUCUCUGCUGCCGGCAGCGCCUCUCUGCGCGACGAUCUCGCCGCCGCCGGCUUUUGGGGUCGUUACAUGGUCGAUGCCGACACGCCUGCCGGCUGCUAUCGCACCCAGGUCGCCCUGCGACGCAUCCUCUGCGGCACCGCCUGGCGGGCGGCCUGGCUGCGCUUCGUCGACGGCGGUGGCGAGGAUGUCGAGGCCUCGGAUGGCGCCAGAAAGAACAGUCCCCUCGCCCAGUCGCGCGUCGACGACCUCAUGGCCACCUGCCUCGAAGACUUGGCCGUCCAGGCCCGCUCGACCCUCGCCCAGAUCGACGAGCUCGCUCGCACCGCCAUCGGCUCCGACAGCCAGCGCGCCCUGCUGGCCUGCCGCUGGCGCCAGAUCGAGGCCGUCGUCGACCAGGCCGCCGCCCAGCUUGCCGGCACCGAGUAG